ACUUCAGAAGGGGAAAGGGGGCCAAACGACGUCGCAUAACCUUUUCCGCCCAUUUGACAUCAUCCUGCUUCCCGUACAAGGUUCCUUUGCGGAGAAGCAGCACUAAGCUGGAGCACGGGGAAAUCCGAAAUGGCGAGAGGGGAAGUGUUGAGUGCGUAUCGAGCUCUUCUGAGAGCUACUCGGAAAACGUUCGCUGGUGACGCACUGAUGCUGAAGGAAUCGGCUGGGGAGGUGCGUAAAAAAUUCGAGGAGAACAGGAACGUGACCUCUGACUCCGAGAUCCAGAGGCUACUUCAAGACGCUAGUGAGGCCUCCCAUUUUAUUACCCACAUGAUUGUCCAGGCAAAGCUUAAUCCUGGCUCCGGCAGUUACGCUGUAUACGUGGCACCCAUUUCAAUACAUACAUACUUCAAAAUGAAAUCUUUGUCCUCUUCUUCUCGUGACAACUUUUCAUGGAAGUAGUGAAGCCAGGACAAGAGCAUGCAGGGGCAAUGCUUGAACUUCCUUCAGAGGAAAGCAUUCAGGAGUCCAAGUAGCCAUGGAUGGGAGGGAAGAGCUUAACUCAGUGCUCUGACAUUUUGACCUCUUCCAGACCUUUUUUUUUUGGUUAGAAUCACAUAAUACUGUUGAUAGUGCUUUUAAGAGAAUGGCUUAAAAUUUUCAGCUCAGAUAUGGUAAUAAUGCAUUCUUUUCAACAUCUUUGUUGCACAUCUGGCAUUUCAAAAUUCUUGUAGGUGGAAUGGACAUGAAAUUACGUUGAUGGGGAAGAUGACGAUCUGUCCUGCCCCAUAAGAUAUAUUUGUUGUAUGAUUGCAUGGAAAAGAGUCAUCAUUAGGUAACAAACGAUGUUGUAGCCGACCGAUAUUCCAGAAUCGGUUUAUUCCAGCUUUAGAAAUUGAGAAUAUAUGCUGCAACAGGAGGCUGCUGAGAGUUUGCAUAGAA